GUAUCGUUGAUGGUCAGAGCCGCAGUGCCAGUGCCAGAGCCAAAGCCAGUACGAGACUGGAACUCACUUGGAAUGGCCCGAUCAAGUGGUGGAGUGCUAUGCCUGCUGCUGCUGUGCUUCCUGCUUCUGGUUCUGGCCCUUGCCCUGGCCGUUCGACUGAAGCCCUGCGAUCUGGCCGGGCAGCUCUACAUCCUGGACGUGCCCAAGUCGGAGCUGCCUCUGUGGCUGUGCAUCGCGGAAUUCGAGAGCCGCUUCAACACCCACGCGGUGGGGCAGGCCAAUGCGGACGGCUCCCGGGACUAUGGCCUCUUUCAGAUCAGCGAUCGCUUCUGGUGCUCACCGCCCAAUCAAACGGAGUACUAUACCUUCAACGAGUGCAACGUGAACUGCACGCGGCUGCUGAGCGACGACAUUACCAUGGCCGUGCAGUGCGCCCGGCUCAUACGGAGGCAGCAGGGCUGGACGGCCUGGUCGGUGUACGGUCAGUUCUGCAACGGCACGCUGGAGGGCAUUGAUGAGUGCUUCCAACCCCAGAACCCGGCGGGCAACAGAAGCUGUGCAGAGAGUGAGUCGGUGCUGGGAGAUUGUAGCUGACGGACGGGUCAGACGGGGUCUUGGGACUUAUGACAUCACUGCCGAAAUAUUUGCGAAAAUAAAAUAUUAAUUAACGUUUAAGUUUGAGUUUUUUCUUGUCUAUGUCAUCCAGAGGUCAGCCCAGAGCCUUAA